AUGCGCUCAUCGAAAAGACCCAGCAAAGCGGACUUAGCCAGCCACGUCCCUGCAGAGACGAAUGAUGACGACGAUGAACAGGGAGAACAGUCCGAGGCGGACGAUGUCGAAGAGAUGGACCCUUUGCGCCCUGCCGCGGCAAAUAUAUCAGAAGAGGAGGCAGCCCACAUUCUCGGUGACGAACAGGGCGAAGAAAAUCCGUACCUGGCGACGGGAACACUCAAAAGUGCGAUUCACCGUUGUCAGCUUCCGCUGCUGGCAAUCGACCAGGAUUCCACUCGGCCAAACUACGUCUCGGAUUUCAAGGCUUGGGCUUGUGCAACCCUGGCGCCCGGAAAAAACAGCGGAGUGCCGGUCGAGGAGCAGGUGAUCAACGAGGACGAGGUCGGGAGAGAGAUCGGCAAGGAUUUAGGGAAGGGGUGGAGGGCGGCGCUCCUUAACGAGGAGCACCUGCAUGGGCCUUGGACGUCGAAAUGGCGGUUGCGGGCUUACGUCGAGAGCUGCGUCAACCCACACCGUGGCUCGCUCGACGAUGUCUACACGGAGGAGCAGUUCCGCAUUCUUGUUUCAGACAUCCUGCCGCACUGGGCCAAGGUGUACUUCGGGUCGUCGAUGGCGUACCCCAGUCUGUCGCUGUGGAAGGCCUUGGCUGUGAGGGUGAUGAUUCUGAUGGCGCAUCACAUGCUGGGCAGGGGGAUCAGCAUCCGUACGAUCCGCUACUGCAACAUGUUCACUCACGUCCUUCUGCCCAUCACGAACAGCCCGGGGGAAUCGUCGAUCAUCGUUCUCGUGGUCGCCUAUCGCAAUUCGAAGACCGUCAAAGACAACAAGCUCGGCCACUUGUACCUGACUCGACACAUGGACUUCCAGCAGUGCGGCUUUGGAGCAGUUUUCCUCUGGCUACACCUCCUUUUCGACCUCGUGCCGCUCUACUACAACAACGAGAAUAUCGUGCCCCCCUUGGAUUUUUCAAACCCGGAGGCCUGGUCGAAGAAAUACCUGUUCUUCGCCCUCUUCGACAAAGAGAAGACAGAGAUGCCAUACCCGACGCACAACAAAUGGGUGACAUGGGCGAUGAAUAGCGCGGUGUGUAUCCUGUCGAAAGUCACGCACAUAUUUCGACGGUCUGCGGCACGGAUCCUCGCGGACAAGAACUUAGACCUCGAUUCCAUCGCACAGCUGGGUCAAUGGGACAUGAACGAGAUGCGCAGGUCAUACGUCACAGGCAUCCCGCGCCCGGCCAUCCAGAUGCAAGCGGGUUUCUCGCAGGAACCGGGCGACUAUUACAUCGGAAGAUCGAAGACUAAAGUGCCCCCGAAGGUCCUGAAGGCUAUCGAGGAGCACAUCUUUCCUAAGGCGGAGCUGUGGCUCAUCGAGGACGUAUCCUCUCACCUCAACACCAAGCACCUCGUCACGCAACUUCGGGCCGAGAUAAACCUCCACAAGGAGGAGGGAGGGAAAAGGGAAAUCCAGAUCAACCACCUCGAGAAGCAGGUCGAGUCAUUGGAGCGAGAGAAAAGCUCGAUGAAAGCUGAGUUGGAGGCGAAGUCAGAGGCGUUCGCGCAACUACAGAAAGCGUUCGACGCAUUGAAGAAUACCGCGGCGACAAGCGCAGCUGCAAAUGUGGGGGAGAGCGAGAGCGUGCCGCAGACGGCAACCGAGGAAGCCAUCCCGGAUCCACAGCAAGCCCAACAAGCAAUGCCCUCUCGACAGAGCGUGGGCAGCCAGCUCGACCAGACGUUCUUCGACGCGGCGGUGUGGCCGUGGUGCAAUUGCGAGACCGUGCGGAAGGCGUGGUCGUACUGGGACGGGGCAAAUCCACUGAACAACGGGCGUAGUCUUCGACAGGCUUACAAGAGGGGCUUCGCCGUCAAGUUCUGCAAGUUCACACCGACUCCACCCCCCGUAACCCCCGAAAAGGAGGCCCAGCCAAAAGAAAAUCCACCAACCGCAAAAGCUAUCGAGACGAAAAUGCGGAAAAUGGAGGCUGUCAUGAAGGCCGUCGAGCAUUUCCGGAUCGACGACAGCAGCGCGGCUACGUCGACGGUCAUCGAAAAGCUGGACUCAAUUGUGAAGGGCCCCUCGAUCAACAUGCUUUUAGAGGGCAUCGUUCUCAAGGAGGAUUCUGGGAGGCAGCUCACGAAAAAGCGCAAAGUCGAGUCUGCAGAGGAAAACCGGAAGGACAAACAACGCCUCAGAAUCACUCUGGAGCUCAUUCGCGUCGAGCUCCGAACCGCAGAAUGGGCGGAGAAGGUGUUCGGCAAGGAGAAAUGGAAAGAAUUCACGGUAAGUACUGGCGCGCGGCCUAGUUCGACGAGCAACCGUGACGAGGGGGGACCCUAG